AUGCACGUGGAAGAAGAAUGCCAGUACGACUCUACCGAGUUGAGAAGAACACUAACUAAACACUCCAUCGAUACGAUACUAAGGAACGAGUCCAGUCCUAGAACAAACUCUACGGACGUACAAGGAGACGAAGACAAAACAGAUACUUCUGGCCAUUCGGCACAGUCGUCGGCAGGAGAGGAUUCCUUUCACAGUAGCGGCGAGGAAAGUGACAAUUCAAACGAAAAGGACAAGGAUGAUGAACACUGUGACGUCACGGGGAAUGGCAUCAAUCGCAUGUUGCAUGAUGAGACAAGGAAGAAGAGACGGAUACGAACUACUUUCUCGGCGGAUCAGUUGAAAGCUUUAGAGGAAGUGUUUCGUGUUACUCACUACCCGGAUGCUAAUGCGCGGGAAGAAUUGUCGGACAAAACAGGUCUACCAGAAGCUCGAGUUCAGAUAUGGUUUCAGAACCGCAGAGCGAAAUGGCGCAAGUACGAAAAGUUGGGAAACUUCGGUGGACUUCAGGACCUCCGGGAAACCGAAUUCGUUCCGGCCCCACGUUCGUCUAUACGGACCGACGAUCUCCAGACAGGAUCUCCAAUACAGACUACCAUUUCAAAAUGUUCCCAGGAAACCGGAAGUGACGAGUCUUUAACAGAUGAAAACGGUGAACAAAUCACACCUCUUAAUCUGUCCACGUCGCCGUUCCCAUUUUACCGAACUAUACCGGUGUUCCCGAUUCCGUAUCCAUAUACAAGUAGAUACAUAAAUAUCGGCCUGGUGGAAAAUCAUCGAACCGGAAGCAUAGCUGCACUGAGAAUGAAAGCACGUGAGCACGAGGCUGCCAUGGAGAUGCAGUAUAUGUAUAAAUGA